AUGACGGUCUUCACCAAAGACCAGCUCCCAAGCGAUGGGUCGUCAGAAUGGAGUCUCCGGGCAAAGGCAUUUCUAGUCGUCUGUUCGCAUCGCAUGUGGCGGGGCGGUCCGCGAUCCAUCUUGCAGAUCACCGCCACUGCCUUUGUUCUGCUCAUGCUCUUCUACUUCGUUCCGUUACAGCUCGAUGACCGUUAUCAGCACAUCCUCAACUGGUCCGCGCCUGAAUCGGCUACUUCUGGCGGUGACCUCCGCAUUGUUGUCUUUGGAUCGCAGGACUUGAUGGGGAGUGCGCCUGAUGCCAAGCAUACAUAUACAUCUUGGCCAGAACACCUCUGCAAACAGCUUAAAUGCCACUCGGUUCUUUCCUUUGUCCCUCCGAUCGAGUCGCAGCCAGGCCUAACCUCCAACAGCAUCUACGGCACGGAGAUACGAGCCUUAGAAAUGUUUAAUGAGCAGGCAAAUAUCACGGAAAAGCCUGCACUCGACAACUUCUACAUCCCAGAGCAGUACCCGGUGCCAACAAAGACCCCCGAUUUGGGGGCGCAGGUCCAAAGGUUUCUUACCAUGUCUCCCAAGAUACCGCCUCGGGAGACGCUAUGGGUUUUCACAUUUGGCACCUGGGAGACUUGGAACAUGGCCUCGCUACCGCGGGAGACAGGAGAGAGGCUCAUCGACGCUUCAGUCGCCGAUAUCUUUACUCAGGUCGAAUUGCUCUAUCGGAAAUCGUUGAACCCAAAGUCUCCUGCCUUUUCUGAUUUCUGGUCGAAUUUCACCAAGGAAGAAAUCAAGGCUCUCACACACCCCGAUCCCGCGAACAAGCCCGACGAGCGCAAAAUGGAGAGCUUCCGCGUCGUUAUCCCGCAACUCUUUGACAUUACUCUCGCUCCAGGCUGGCAGAACCGCCCCCUUCCUUCUCACCCGCACUCGAGGGGCGUCCAGCUGCGUAACGCUGCGCACCUCAAUCAAAGGUGGAACGAUCAAGUGUCUAGACAAAUGGAGUUUUGGAGAAGGAAGGGCGACUCCAAGCCUGAGGGGAUCGAAGAGGAGGGAAUUGACACGGCCUCGUCAAUUCCAACAAUGUCGUCCUUGCUCCGAUAUCUCCCAGAAUCACUUCAGCCCCAGGAGAAAAAUAACACCGGAGAAGCUGCCAAUGAUGAUUUCAUUUACGCACCUUACCCACGACGAUUGGGCUUUCAGACAACCCUGGCGAAGAGUGUCCUGGAUGCCAUGAUGGAAGAAGAAAUGCAGCGAUCCGGCCUCAGAGAUAGCAAAGGCCGAGGCAGCAGACCUGCGAAUGAUGUGAUGCGAUUUUUGGAUGUCUGGACACCUUGCAUCUCAAAUGCUCGAGCCGUUACUGGCGUAAGCACAUCUCAACCCAGCCAAGAGUGCGAGGUUCCAAACGACCACUUAUUCUAUGAUGAAUUUACUUUUGGAGAACGCGCCAGGGAGGAGCUGGCGAAGCAGACUUCUGAUCAGAUUCGGCAGUACUUAUUCGCUUCAUAG